AUGUCCCUGCCCAUGACCCAACCCGGUAUCGCCGUCGUCACCGGAGCUUCCUCCGGCAUUGGACGAGCUUGUUCGAUCGCCCUCGCCCACGCGGGAUGGACCGUCGUCAUGUCCGGACGAAAAGAGAAGGAAUUGGAAGAGACUUAUAAGAGGGCCAAGGAGGGGAAGCAGGUCAAGGAGAUGACGUGGGUCGUAGGAGACUUGGGAAGACGGGAGGAUGUCAUCAAGCUGUUUGAUUUCGUGAGGGAGAAGUAUGGUCAGUCGAGAAGGAGGUCUGAGAUACAUCCCGGGGAUGAAUUGAAGGUGAUGGUGUACUGAUGUACGUCGCGUUCUACCCCAUUCAUCCCACGUUCAUUCCGGUGUCGAUUCCCGAACCGUCCCUGUCUCGGGCAUCCCCACCUCUCCCCACUUUCUCAUGAUGUCCGUCCCCGGCGUUCCCGAACAUCGUCGUCGCAACCGCUCCUAUAAUACUGCUGCACAAAAAACGAACAGGCCGACUAGAUCUCUUGUUUAACGUGAGUACAAAGCUGGAAGAGUGUUCAGGUGAGUUUGACCGAAAACUGAUCCCAACUCCCCCGCGCCCCCCCCCCCCCCCACCCUAUUCCGACUGGCCUCACCAGAACGCUGGACGCGCGACCGCUGGCUGCCAAUUGCAGGACACGCCGUAUGAGGAUUGGGAGUCCAUCUUGGCCAUCAACGUAACGGCCGUACGUCCCUCACUCGUGCCAAGCUCAUCACCGAACUCGCCCACCUAACCUAUCGCUUUCAUCCUCCCAGCCAUUCCUCUGCACCCAAGAAGCCUUCAAGAUCAUGUCGACCCAAUCCCCCAAAGGAGGGCGCAUCAUCAACAACGGGUCCAUCUCGUCUUACACCCCGAGACCUUUUUCGGCACCGUACACCAUGACCAAGCAUGCUGUCGCUGGGUUGACGAAGAGCACGGCGCUGGAUGGGAGGGAGCAUGAUAUCGCGUGUUCACAGAUUGAUAUUGGUGAGUGGCUCAGCACGGAUGUUUUUUAAGGGGAAAUCCUGGGAUGGGGCCUCGGGCGAGUGGACUGAUGUGUUUGCGUCCUUGUUCGAAUUUGUAGGUAACGCCGAGUCCAAGAUGGCCUCCAAGGAAAACGCGGGCAAGUUGCAGCCCUUUGGUGAAGUCAGGGACGAGCCGUGAGUAUUCUCGCUUCUUCCAACCAUAUCCCCAUGGCCAUAUUUCGGGCUGCUGAUGCGAUAGGUCGAUCGACGAAUCACAGCGUGAUCCCCGUCGAUUAUGUCGGAGCGACGCUCGUCUACAUGGCGAGCUUGCCGCUCGACGUCAACAUUCUCAACCAGGUGCGCUUCUUUUUGAGUCGGGGAUUCGUUACAGAAACCUUAACUGACGGUUGAAAUUGUGGUGACGUAGACUCUUAUGGCGAACAAGAUGCCGUUCGUUGGACGUGGGUGA